CGUGUGUCAUAGUUUAUUAAUUUGUUGUGUUACGUGUGUGGUGUUGGCGCAUCCUCAGUCCAGGAUACCUGACAUUGAGUGCACUGUUUUAGGAACUUUUUACGUAAUUCAAAAUCAAACGAUGGGUGUAUCUGAACACGUAUCGUCAGUUGAUCUUCCAUCCAUGGACCCAGACCGGCCUGGCUCUAGCAGUGGGGCUGACGAUGAAGACGUUCCUAGAAGGAAGCAACGUCGCUACAGAACGACCUUCACCAGCUACCAGUUGGAUGAGUUAGAAAAAGCCUUUGGAAGAACACAUUAUCCCGAUGUUUUUACUAGGGAAGAACUUGCUUUGAAAAUUGGAUUGACUGAAGCUAGAAUACAAGUAUGGUUUCAAAACCGCCGAGCGAAAUGGCGUAAACAAGAGAAGGUCGGGCCUCACGCUCACCCUUACAGCGGGUAUCUAGGAAGUGGACAACCCCUCCCCCCGCCGACAAGUCUACCUCCACCCCCUCACCCUCUGUCUCAACUAGGCUUUAGCUUGAGAAAGCCAUUUGAUAAUGCUUUAGUUUCAUUCAGGUACGCGAACACCCCACUAUUUGGAGCUCAAUACUUACCACCGCUAUCACGGCCGCCGCUCUACCCGCUAUACGCUUCAUCGCCCGCUCAUCUCCACUCGCUCCUAGCUAAUUUGACCGUACCUGAAGCGCCACGCUUCUCGCCACAUCAAUACACGGAUCACACCGAACCUCGAUUGUCCUCUGAGAUCAGGGUAUCCUCUGAAAGGUCACGGUCACCAGCUCCUUCCAUUUCCCCCCCUAUUUCACCGGGAAGUGAGUCCAUACAAGUGGACGACGCGAUGUCCAGUAUAACCGCCCUUAGAUUAGCUGCAAGGGAACAUGAAAUUCGAUUAGAGUUAUUGCGGCAAAGGGCUGAUUUGAUGUGCUAAUUUCAUGUAUAAAAUAGUCUCAAAAACUAUUAGCCUCAAUUGACACCAGAACCCAAUUAUUAUAUAAAAAAAAACAUGUUCUUUUGUAUGAUGUAAAGAAAUUAUCAUACAAUUGACGUCAACGUACAAUUUCAGUUUUUAAUUAAUUUUCACCAAAACUAGGUAAUUGGGCACAUUGUAUUCAGGUUAAAAAAUGGUUUAAAUUGUGGAAAUAUCACUGUUCCUUAUUUGAAUUCAAAAAAACAUUUGAGGCUUCUAGCACGGUAUUGACUAAGAAAUAUCUUUAUGAAUCUUAGUUCUGGGAUUAAAUUUCGAUGUUGGAUAAUUGUAUUGGAACACGACUGUUUGUAAAUAAAUAAGGAUUUACGUAAGUUAUUUGUAUGAUGUAGAUUAAAUAUUCCGUCCAUUAUUAAGUGAUUGUAACGGCUAAAGUAUUA